CAAUCACUCUGACCCUAUCGAAAUCAAUCACCAUAUGCAUAUUUAUCAGACACUGUGAUUGUACCAGUCGUGCACAUGCAAGGCCUACUAUGUAAGACCUGCAUAGGUCAAUCGAAAUGAUGAUAUGGCGAGAUCACAAUUUACAUUCAAGCUGACCUUCUAAACAUUUCCUCAGACAUAGAGCUGGGCAGGAAGGUGGUAUGUCUCUAAGGAACGUUGCUUAAACACAUCCAAAUGCCAUGUAAAGGGGACCACGAGAGGGAUGUGGACGUUUCUACAGCGGGAAAGCGGGCCCCGCUCCAUGUAAAUGUCAAGAAGGUCCUAAUCCGAACAGCGGGAGUCUCUUUCGCUUUAUUGUCAGCAUUAGCGGGUGCUAUCUCGGGAGUGUUCUUCAAACUAACAGGUGAAAUGGAUUCAUUCGAAAUUGUAGUUUUUCGUGGGCUUGCGACAUUUCUUUUAUCUGCGACGUGCUCGCUUUACAAGAGGAAAAAAGUGCUAUUAGUGAAAAAUCGCUAUCUUUGGUUCGCUGCUUCAGGGAAUGCGAUCAGCAACGCCCUCUUCUACUUGGCUGGGUCGCAUAUGAACUAUGGGGACACAAGUGCAAUAAGUCUUCUAUGUCCGAUUCUGGUAGGCAUAAUUGGACAUUUUUAUCUCAAGGAACUCUACACUAAGGUGGACGCUGUAAUCACUGUUGUGAUAAUUUUCGGCGUGUUGAUGGUUAUCCAGCCGGACUUUCUCGUCAAACUCUUGUAUCCAAACAGCGAUGACAUCUUCAAAGACGUCACUAACAGGAACAUAACAAACGCCACCAUUUUGAAAAACAAUUUGAACACUUCUGAAGGAUUCAUCAACAUGACUCUUUCCUUCAACGACAUCGUGAACAGAACUGAGAAUUUCACGGAAAUUGGGGGAAAUAACAAACCACGGGGUCUGGUGAUUUCUCGCGAGAUUGCAGGAGUAAUAGCACUCAGUUCGGCUAUUGCUGUCUCCUGCAACUACAUUUUUACCCGGCGCUACGGGAGGGUCUUCUUUCCGACGGCGUUGGCACAAUAUGGUCUCCUCAAUGCAGUUCUCUCGGCUAUCCCAGCCACCGCACUCGGGUUGUGGCACUUCCCUCCAAGCCCCUUGCAAUGGAUUUAUCUCUUUUGCUACAUAUCAACUGCCCUGCUUUCUCAGAUUUUAUAUUUGGCGGCUUUUCGGAAAGCUCCUGCAGCUUUGGUGACUACAGUCUUAGUGUUCGAUAUCCCUUUAUCGUAUUGUUUACAACUCGUGGUUCUCGGACAUUACCCAACGGUGCUGCCCUUAGUGGGCGCUGUAAUAAUCACUUGUGGCGCGCUGGUGUUUAGUUCAUUGAGAUACCGGCGCGAACGAAGAGAGACAGAAAAGCAAAAGAAGUUGGCUGCCGAGGAAAUGAACUGUGUUGAUUCGGUGGAACUUGUAGCCCUGACUGGUUCGCUGACCAGAACAAGGGUUAACGGACACGAUAGGGAGAAGGGAAGUGCUGACGACGGUCAUGACGGUGGCUGACAGAUGCAUAUUCGGCGCAGUAGUAGGCCUAGUAGUGUAUUGAUAUGAAAAAUGAUAAGGAUUAGAAAUUUGAAACUUCCGUUAUCCAAACGCUAGGCUGUCCAUCUAUUCGAGAACUUCGAUCGAAUUAUCGACUCUGACUGUAAAUAUAUCACCAAGAUUAGCAUAAUGAUACAAUGCCUUAUCUAGCUCUGAUCUCCUUAAAGUUGAAGGAGAUGCAGGGCAUUUCGACCUCGUCAAAGUUCAAACUGCCCUACAUGUACAUUUAUUUCAUUUGAAGUGCAAGAGCUCGACAAUGGGUGCUUGCAUGUCUUUGAGUUAAUGGUACCCCAUUUGAAUACGAUUUCCUCAUUUGGUUAAUAAACAAACAAUGACAGAAAUCAAACAAAAACCGGCCAUUAGUAGCGAUGGAAUAGUUGACAAAAUAUAUUGUAAAAGCCCUCUAUUGUCCGAAUUCGGUACCGAGUGCUAGACAAGAUGCUGUACAAUUGUUUCCACGUUAAUUCUUGUUUAUAUCAAUGGCAAAGGUAUCGUACAGCCAUCGCCAGUUCGCAUACUGUAUAUCAGAUCAACAAAAGCCAGUGUAGUACGGCUAUUUUUCGUCAGCAGUUGAUGGAAAAUGUCAUCAAACACAAAGAUGGUCGACACGGGCAAAGCAAUUAUACGAAAUUCGAAACAUAUGUCAAAGAAUAGUUUUAGGUUCUCGUACAUGUAUAUCUAAACCACAUGUUCAGAGCGUUAAUUCACCCUUGGCUUGUU